UUCUAUAUAAGCAAAGGCUGCAUAAGAACCGUAACCCUAGUUUCUCUCUAUUGAGCCACUGUUCACUUCUUAUUCUUUGUCUCAGCUGUCACUAAACCCUAGCUCCACCGCCGUCUAUUUAUACCGGAACUAGAUUUUUGAAGCUCAAUCAAAACCAUGUCGGACGACGAGAGGGAGGAGAAGGAGUUGGAUCUCAGCUCUCCUGAGGUCGUCACCAAAUAUAAGAACGCUGCUGAAAUUGUCAAUAAGGCGUUGCAAUUGGUAGUACCAGCAUGUAAACCUGGAGUUAAGAUUGUUGACAUUUGUGAGAAAGGAGAUUCAUUUAUCAGAGAGCAAACUGGGAACAUGUACAAGAAUGUUAAGAAGAAGAUUGAGAGAGGUGUUGCCUUCCCAACUUGCGUUUCUGUAAACAACACAGUGUGCCAUUUUUCACCGCUUGCCAGUGACGAGUCAGUGUUGCAAGAAGGCGAUAUGGUGAAGAUUGAUAUGGGAUGUCACAUAGAUGGGUUUAUUGCUGUAGUUGCACAUACUCACGUUGUCCAGGAAGGGCCUGUUACAGGCAGGGCAGCUGAUGUCAUUGCUGCAGCAAAUACUGCUGCUGAAGUUGCCUUAAGGCUUGUAAGGCCAGGAAAGAAGAACAAGGAUGUAACAGAAGCAAUUCAGAAGGUUGCGUCUGCAUACGAUUGCAAGAUUGUUGAAGGUGUUCUUAGCCACCAGCUGAAGCAGUUUGUGAUCGAUGGAAAUAAAGUUGUACUCAGUGUCUCCAAUCCAGAAACAAGGGUUGAUGAUGCAGAAUUUGAGGAGAACGAAAUUUAUGCAAUAGAUAUAGUUACAAGCACAGGGGAUGGCAAGCCUAGGUUGUUGGAUGAGAAGCAGACGACUAUUUAUAAGAGAGCUGUAGACAAGAACUAUCACUUAAAGAUGAAAGCUUCUAGAUUUAUCUUUAGUGAAAUAAGCCAGAAAUUUCCUAUCAUGCCAUUCUCUGCAAGGGCUUUGGAAGAAAAAAGGGCUCGAUUGGGAUUAGUGGAAUGUGUGAAUCAUGACCUCCUGCAGCCAUAUCCUGUUCUUCAUGAGAAGCCUGGUGAUUAUGUUGCUCAUAUCAAAUUCACGGUCUUGCUAAUGCCAAAUGGUUCAGACCGGAUCACAUCUCACCCUCUGCAGGAGUUGCAGCCCACCAAGACAAUAGAUGAUCCUGAAAUAAAGGCCUGGUUGGCCUUAGGCACUAAAACUAAGAAGAAAGGUGGUGGGAAGAAGAAGAAAGGUAAGAAGGGUGACAAAGUUGAGGAGUCAGCAGAAGCUGAGCCUAUGGAUGCAACAAAUGGUGCACCAGCUCAAGAAUGAGUCCCCUCUAAUUUGUUUCUCCAUCCCUUUUUCUUUUUCCAAUUUUGGCACUUUGUUCAUUUGUAUCUGCUUGUCUCAGUUUAUUAAUAUAGUGUUUAGACAAUGAUUCUAAUUGGCUUUUUCACCUUUAUAUGGCAUCUUUAUGAUACCUCAUCAUCGUAACCUUUUUUUUGUUUUGUUUUGUUUUGUUUUAACUUUUAAAUGCUUUUCUUUUGACAUUUAAUGGAGAAGUUGAGCGUCA